AUGAAAAUCAUUAAUGAAGAUGGAAAGUAUACAGUAAAUGUUCUUGCAAAGCUAAAAGCAUUUGCAGACAAGAAAAGCUAUCUACAGGAAGUGUGCACUCAGGCAGCAGCAGACUUGAUUUGUAUGAGCUCGAAAGAAACCUUUAGUGAGCAUAUCUGGCCGUCUUUGAAGAAUGACCUGAGUUGUGGCUGGGAAGGGUGUCCCCCUCACGUUUUGCAGAUCCUGUUAACCUGCCAUCGCUGUUUUCCUGAUGUUGUUAAAAGCAAAUUUCUGAAGACACAUUGGCAGCACAAAGACAUCUUACAUCCAGGCAAUCUUGGUCACAUUGUAAAAAUCCUCACAGAGUCUACAAUUAUCUCGCAUCCAAACGUCAACCACGUCUGUGAUGAAGUGCUCAAGCUUGUUCUUCAAGAUCAGGAAAAACUUGCUGUGUUUUGUCAACAGGUUAUAGAUGGAGGGUUGCUCCUUGCCCGCCAGGAAUGUCGAUACCUUUCACUACGACUUGUAGAGCGUCUUCUACGUGAAUGUAAUGCACAGAAUGUUGAUUAUGUGAUUAGUCCGGCUAUUGUUAAAGUUUUUCUUAAUAGCUUGGCAAACAAACAACAUUUUCUACAUGAAGCUAGUAAAAAAUUUAGUGCAACAUUGCCAUUAGUUGUCAAAGAGAUUCAAGAUGGUGCUACGCAAGUUGAAAUUGUGAAAUGUCUUGUAAGCAAAUCUGGAAACAUACAUUUUGAUCAAAUCACAAAGACCAGAUCAGUUCAUGAUGUUAUAAACAAUUUGAAUCUUAAAGGGGUGAAGUUGUAUGUGAAGUUUCUAAAGAAGUUAUUCAUCAAUGGCCCCAGUGAAGACAGUUUUGAAAAGGUACCAGAUAUUAAUUCAGCUCGACGAUGGGUUUGCCACGAGAUGCUUUCAUUGGUAAGAAGCCCUGGAAUCCCAAAACAAGAACAGUGGCUACUGGAUAUAACACAGUUUCUUUUUGUCCAUGCUUACUUCAUCAUCCAGGAGCCUGAUACCAUUGUAGCGCAGUGUAAACAUAUUUUAACACAUAAGAUUGGGAAGGAGUUACAAGAACUUCUGGCCAGCCUUUUCCAGAGCUGUUUAACAUCACUUAGCAACAUGCCUGCUUCGCAAGUAUCAGAGGAGAAAGAAGCUAGUGGUCAGGUUCAACGAACUCUUGGAAUGACAUCUGGAGGAGACCUGUGGGUAAAAUUGGUAGCUCAAUACGCACAACAGCUGCUGUCCUCACCAAAUGUUACUUGUCGGAUUGAGUUCACUCCUGAAAUGACAACAGCAUGGGAGAAGAUGCUUUCCUCUGUCGCAGAUAUUCAGAAGAAGAUUGAAAGUAAAAAGAACCUUGCAGCAGCAUCUGCCUUCCAGCUUCUCUUCCUUCAUGUAGGACUGCAGAUGUUCACAGAACCAACAACUUCCACUGAUCUUCUGGAAGAGCUUAGCAAUUGUUACAAGAAGGCAUUGACUAAGCGUCGAUCUGUUGCCAAGGAAACAGAUGAGCCUGAGUGGGUUGAAGUUGUUGUGGACAUUUUAAUUGGUCUUCUCUCCAAAUCAUCGCAUCUCCUGAGAGCCGUUGUCGACAAUACAUUCAAAAUGAUCUGUGCACACAUGACCAAGAAGUCAUUGACAUUAUUAUUGGAUGUGUUGGAUCCGACAAAGAAUGAACCCGAAGAUAGUAAUGUAGAAGUGGUUAAUGACUCAGAUAUGGAAGAUGAAGGUGAAGAAGAUGAAGAUAAGGAAAAUUCACCAAGCAAUGGUAACAUUGACGAAGAUGAAGCAGGUAGCGUCAAAGAAGAUGAAAGUGGUGAUGACAACGAUGAUGAUGAUGAUGAUGAGGAAGAUGAUGACGAUGAUGGUGAUGAUGAAGAUACUGAAAUGGUCGAUGAAGAAUUCAGAUCUAAGAUUCGAGAUGCAUUGGGGGAUGCUGCACAACCCAGUGAUGAAGAUGAUGAUGAAGAUGAAGAUGGGGAGGAUGAUGGGGAGGAAAUGGAUGAUGAUGCCAUGAUGAAGUUUGAUACAGUCCUGGCAGCAGCAUUCAAAGAGAAGCUACGGGUGAAGAAAGCAAAAGUCGAAGCUGUCACAAUGAUGCUUCAUUUUAAGCUUCGUGUUCUCGAUCUUGUCGAUAUCUUCAUCAAACGGCAGCCUGAGAACAUCCUUGUAGCUGAUCUUUUGCUACCAUUGGUCUUCAUGAUCCAGGCAGCAUCUGGGGAUAGAGAUCAGGAUCUCUUAAAAGAAAAGGCAGCUAACAUCUACAAAAUGAAACUAUGUCGUCCUAAAAAAUAUCCUAAGGUGUCAGACAGUGAAAAAGAAGAACUACAUAAAUGCUUGGAAGACAUGAUGACAGCAUUACGAAAAUCUUCAUCAGUAUACAUGGUCUCCCUCAUAUCCAGCGGUUGCCUGUUUCUUGUGCGUAUGCUAAUGUCUGAGUCCCCAACUGGUCCUUCACCACUCAAAACGCGACAACAAAGGAAGCAUCAAGAAAAAAAUCGACAGGAUGAAGAUGAUGGCACGGAGGAUAAGUCUUUGAAUGAUGAAAGAAUUGCAGCAUUGUACAAUAAGUCACUUUUGGAUUUCAUGACAUACAGGUCAACAUGUCUACAUCCUGUACUUUUCGCAGAUCUUAUACAACGUUUCCCGAGUCUCGGAUGGCACUUAGCACCUCAACUGAUUCAGUAUACCACCGAGAAUAUCCAGGUGUAUCGUAAGAAACAAGCUUGUUUAAUGUUAACUAAUUUGCUGAGUAAACGACCAUAUUUGGGAAAUGAGGAUCCAAAGAAAAUGUGUAAAAAAGUAUCAUCAAUGAUUUCUAAGGUUCUCACUGAAACACUGGAUUCGGAGUCUACAUUCAGACCAAAGUUUGCGCUACAGUUCUUGAUGUUGAUCAAGGAGUUUGCUGCCCUCAAACAGAAUCUGAAUGAUAAAGAAGGAUUUGAUGUGGUCAGGAAUCUUUUGCUGAGAUUGAAAGAAAAAAAUGAAGUAAAGAGAUCAGGUGAAUUGUUGUCUGCUAUUGGUGCUGCCCUCAAUGUGGUGAAUAACAGAUCAUCCAGCAAAAGAAAAAGGAAGAAGACAAAACAUAGACAACGAAGAGCUGAGGCAGACCAAGUUUAAUAAGCAACGAGAUAUCUGAUUCUAACAAUUUGUGCAACAUGCCUGUCAGGGUACCUUAAUGGGCAUAGUAAUUGUAGGAUUGAUGGCUGUGUCUGGUACCUAGCAAAUAUAGAGUGAACAGGGGUGACGCCACCUGGUGGUCCAGCUUGGGCCAGGCCCAGGUAUCGGGGAGGCCUGGCCCAGCUAUCAAAGAGCCACAGUAAAAUCUGUAGGGGAAAAUAAAACAUGGUGGGAAUGAGGUGGAUGUUGACUGUCAGGGAACAAUGGACCACCUGUCAGGUAAAAGCUACAGUAGCACCACCCCAGUUACUGUAUAACUUGCACCAGUUAAAAAGGUCUGUCAGGGGCCUACCAAAUGGACAGUAACUACUGUAAAUCUUGUAUUAAGUGCCUAGUAGAUAUACUCCCCUCUAUCAUUGUUGCAAUCAUCAUGUACAACUGAACUGGUUGACUAAUUUUCAAAAUAAAGGAUAGGCGGACAAGCGAUCAAAAAUAUUGUUUUAAUACUUUUAAGGCAGAGAGGUGGGAAGCUGAAGUAGUUGUUUUUUUUUAAGGUCAUAGAAUAAAAUAUAUGGACAGUUCAUGUCAUAGUCAGAUGUAGGAAGAUAACUCAGGACCAAAGUUUUUAGAAAUAUUGAUCUAGGUUCAUUUGGAGUUGCUUCAUGAUUUCUGAAUCAGUAAUUUCACCACAGAAAAUUUAACUACCAUCACAUAUAAAUUCUUACUUCUAAUUUGCCACCACACAUCUACUAAUUAUAAUACUCAUAAAUGCACUUCAUACAAAUCUCCUAUCGCCGAUCGUGAGCAGUAUACGAAAAAGAAAUUAACAUACAAACAUGCCAAAGGACAUAGAUGAGAGUAAAGCACUCUUUUUAAAUGUUAGCAGUUGUUUGCAAAUUUUAUGAAUUGCAUAUUUCCUUUUAAUAUGCUCCAAGAUUUACGCACAAUAGAGCAGAUUCUGUUGAGUUGUUUACAUGCGAGGGUAGUAGCGUACAUGAAUUCUUUUUUAUGUGGUGGAAGUUGAAAGCUGAAGCAUUUUCAACUAACUGGCAGGAUAAUGCGAGCUUGUGUGCUGAUAUGCUACUAGUUGAUUUUACGCUGGUCAAAAUAUUACACAUAAAAAAUGUAACAUACAUUGGGUUUGUGUGAUUGUUAAAAUUAAUGAUGAUGUAAAAAUAUACCAAUACUUAAAGACAGAUACAAAGUAAACGUUUUUUCCUACCAUCUUUUAUUUCUGAAAGAAUUUUACAAGGCGUUUACAAAAUGUAAAAGUGGGGUUGUUUUAAAAAAGGAGAAUGUAUUUUACACCUACUGUAGUAGAAAAAACGUUCUUUAUACAGGUGAGAAAAAAACUACUGUAAUAGAAUUAUGAUAAUUAAAACCAAUGAUGAUACAAAGAUAAACAAAAGUAA